AUGAACCACAUACUCACUAUCCUUUCAUUACUCAUCUUAUCUUUUGAUUCAGCGUAUUCUGUAGAGACAUACCUGAGACGAGGUUUUGAUAACAGCACUGUAUGGAAUACGAUACAUGAUUGCAUUUCACGACACUUCAAUGGAAAAACUAUUGUUGACCGUGUAUCAAGUACACACGACAGAUUUGCAUUAUGGAUCGAUUCCGGAAACAAUAUCGACUACGUUGUCACCGGUAAUGUUACAGAUGCAAUACUUCGGUGUAUUUAUGAUAAACACCCUAAUGUUACUAUAGAUGUCCAUUUACAUAAUCAGUUCGCUGUAGCAGGGUCGCGUUAUUCUGAUACAGAUGUCAGCGACUUCUAUGACUAUUUCGGCCAUGGAUAUCCGAUUGACUAUGAUCCAGAUUAUUCAAGUGAAGAGUACGGUGAUGUGGACUCUGAUGUUGAACACGCGCAAAAUGAUGGCAAUUCUAACACUGACUACAGUACUUUAGCUGUCAGUAAUCAGGGGAGUAAGCCUGAUUCUAUGGGUAAACCCAGGCAGAAUAGAGAACAUCUCACCAUAUCUUGGUAUGGAAAAGGAGGCGACCAAGACUUUCUCGGAAGUAACGUAGAUGCAAAGACUACAUUACAAUGUGGUAUGUGUUAUAGCAUACCAAAUAGAAUAGCUAGCAGUCUUUUAGUAUCUAACCAACAAGGCUAUGAGAUAGACUUGAUGUUUGGGCCUCACCAUGCGUGUCGAUAUAGAUCAUCUAAUGGCUCAAGGUUCACUGCAGGUAAAACAGCCAAGGCAGGAACUAAUGAACCAACAGAUGUCGACUAUAGAGUUGGAUCAUUUUGGACACAAUGUAACUCUCAAGACGGCUGGCCUAAUGCUGACACCGGAAGCAAAGUGUCUCGGGAGGUAAUAUGGUUAAAUAAACGCUAGUUCAACCAAAUCUCGUAGUUAAACUUAUUUGUGAUCUCUGUGCAAAUUGCGCUACAGUUUGCUACCCAUCGUUCAUUUCUGCCUGUUCAAAGCUUUGCCAGAAUCCUCAUGUGUGUUUUGUUCAUGUGUUCUCUGUCAAGACUUUCGCCAACUGACUGUCUUUACCUUGUCUAUCUCUAUCUAUCUCUAUCUCUAUGUCUAUGUCUAUGUCUAUGUCUAUGUCUAACUGGUUCUUUUUCUAAUUAAUUUAAUUUACGAAUUUGAAGCGAAUAUUCAUAAUGAUUAGUUUAUUACUAUUUCCAUCUCUGUAAACUACCCAAGUCCUUGCUUGGGUUCUCUUAUUUUAAAAGAGUUUAACCCGAAACAACAGACAGGGAUAAUGGGACACAAAUGACAAAAUGAAAUAUUCCAAUUGAGGCAACUUGUGCACCACCCCUACUCCCUACUCGUCAAGGUAUGGACAGUUUGUAACUCAAAGAGUGUCUUCUGUCAUUCUGUGUCAUCUAUUUUGAUAACCCCACUAAGUAGUCGUCAACUGAAUUAAACAUUUUUACAGGAAUUAUUGCUAGGAUAAAGGCUCUUUCAUUACUUUUGGAAUUCAUAUCAAGGGAUGAAAAUUCAAUUUUUCUAUAUCAGUGAAUAAUAAUUACGAUGUAAAUAGCGCUUGACUGGUCCAGUUCUAAAUAAAAUUUUAUGAAGCCUUUCCUG